AUGUCGGAGACUGUCGUGACGCCGAACCCCCCCGCCGAGAUCAAGCCUGACCAAGGCCCAGGACGUUCUGUCAUGGGUGGAAAGAACGAUAACCAGCCGCUUUCGGAGGACGCGGGGACGUCAAAGGGCGACCGGAAGCUUCUCAAAGUGCCUUCGCGGUCCUCUUCGCAGCAGAGGAAUCAAUCGUCGGCGGCUUCCACCGGUCUCAGCGGGGCAACAGUCACGGAUCAUCGAAACAGCAUCAGCGGGCGUUCAAAGGAGUCCAAGGGUAGUUUUGCAGGCAGGCAACGCAACGGCAGCGCCUCGAGCCGCCGAUCCGGCCGCGACAGCGAACAGGGCAAUACCUUUCGAAAUUCCCAGCCGAGCUCACCGUCAACCAGUGAGCAAAAGAAACGGAAGAAACGCGGCGGUGGCCUGCUAAUGCUCUUCGGUUGCUGCGUCGUGCCUGAUGCGGCCAACGCUGUCGACGAUGGGGAACCCGAGAAUGUCCAAAAGGUGGAAAAGCUGCCUGCGCGACCAGCCACGGCCAAGUCUCGACCGCAGGCUGCCCAGGACCCGGCGCCCGCGAAGCUGCUUGACGAGAAAGAGUUGCACCAAAACGUAGCCACGCCCGCCAACAAUGACGAUAAUGAAGCGUCUGGGAGUGGUGAAAAUCAGGUGCCGGUCCCUGAGCACCAAGAUGAGGAACCGAAGCAAUCUACCCCUCCAGCCGUCACGGUUGACCCACCCAAGCCCGACCUUGAGGAAAUCAGCAACGAGCCCCGAGAGAGCGACAAGUCGGACAGCGGCGACGAAGAUGUCAGCAUGCCAGACGCCCCUCCCCAAGACCCCCAAGCUGUUCCCGCUGCUGCGCAAACCGACGAGCCUCAGCAGAGGACGAUACCUCCGCCCCCGCCCCCGCCGGGCCCAGGACCUGCCGCCGUCGCCCCCCUACCUGUGUCCGAGCCGGUGGAACACAAGGGGAGGAAAUGUCUAGUCCUGGACCUCGACGAAACCCUCGUCCACAGCUCAUUCAAGAUUCUGCACCAGGCGGAUUUCACAAUACCGGUCGAGAUCGAGGGCAACUACCAUAACGUCUACGUCAUCAAAAGACCCGGUGUUGACGAGUUCAUGAAGAGAGUCGGCGAGCUCUACGAAGUCGUCGUCUUUACGGCGUCCGUCUCCAAGUACGGCGACCCCUUGUUGGAUCAGUUGGAUAUCCACAAUGUUGUCCAUCAUCGGCUUUUCCGCGAGAGUUGCUACAACCAUCAAGGCAACUAUGUCAAAGAUCUUUCGCAAGUCGGCCGGGACCUCAAAGACACCAUCAUCAUCGACAACUCGCCGACGUCGUAUAUCUUUCACCCGCAGCACGCCGUCCCCAUCAGCAGUUGGUUCUCGGAUGCCCACGACAACGAGCUGCUCGAUCUAAUCCCCGUCCUCGAGGACUUGGCCGGCCCCAACGUGGCCGACGUUAGCCUGGUGCUCGAUGUCACUCUCUAA